CCGCCAGGCGGAACGUGUUAUUGGAGUAUUCGGGACUUGCCUGGUCCGCUGCUGCUGCGUGCUGAUCUACUGACGCUGCGACGUGCUAUAGGCUUCACCUAGAAUACAGCGGGUGGGAGGAGGAGCCGCCGCAUGGAGCAGUGACCGGCGGGGAAGAUGUUGAUUGAUUCUGCUGUGCCAGAAAGGGGCAAACCUAUUGUGAGAAAUAGGGAGCUUGAAGUAUAGCAGCAGACAUGGAUGAACAAGCCCUGCUUGGACUAAACCCAAAUGCUAACGCUGACUUCAGAGAGCGUGCAUUGGCCUAUUUUGAACAACUGAAAGUUUCACAUGAUGCAUGGCAGAUCUGUGCUGAAGCGUUGGCCAAACGCAUAUAUAGUGACGAUCAUGUCAAGUUCUUCUGCUUUCAAGUUUUGGAACACCAAAUAAAAUUUAAGUAUUCUGAACUGACUGCAUUGCAGCAGCAACUGAUAAGGGAAACUCUAAUUGCAUGGCUUCAAUCUCAGAUGCUCAAUGCCCAACCAGAAAAAACAUUUAUACGUAACAAAGCUGCACAAGUCUUUGCCCUGGUCUUUGUUACAGAGUACCUCUCAACCUGGCCUAAAUUUAUUUUUGAUAUUCUGUCUGUUGUGGGACUGAACCCCCGUGGUGUUGACCUGUACCUUAGAGUUCUUCUGGCUAUUGAUGCAGAGGUUGUGGACCGGGACAUCAUUCACACUCCUGAGGAAUCACGCAGAAAUACAUUAUUGAAGGACACCAUGCGGGAGCAGUGUGUCCCAAACCUGGUGGAAUCCUGGUACCAAAUAUUACAGACUUAUCAGCACACAAACUCUGAAGUGACAUGCCAGUGCCUUGAAGUGAUUGGAGCCUAUGUCUCAUGGAUAGAUCUGACAUUGAUUGCAAAUGACAGAUUUAUUAACAUGCUGCUUGGUCACAUGUCAGUGGAAGUUCUCCGUGAGGAAGCAUGUGACUGUUUGUUUGAAAUUGUAAAUAAGGGAAUGGAUCCUGUUGAUAAAACCAAACUAGUGGAAUCUUUGUGUCGAGUAUUACAGUCUGCAGGAUUCUUCAGCAUUGAACAGGAGGAAGAUGUGGAUUUCCUGGCCAGGUUUUCAAAGCUAGUAAACGGAAUGGGACAAUCUCUGGUGGUUAGCUGGACUAAACUGGCAAAAUCUGGUGAUCUGAAAAAUGCACACGACACACUGCAGUCUAUUGAAUCCAAAGUGCCUCUGAUGCUCCAGUUGCUCAUUCAUGAAGAUGACGACAUCUCUUCCAACAUUAUUGGAUUUUGUUAUGAGUAUUUACAUAUCUUGAAACAAUUGGUUAUGCUCACUGAUCAACAGAAAGCUAAUGUGGAGGCUGUAAUGUUGGCAGUAAUGAAGAAAUUGACUUACGAUGACGAAUAUAACUUUGAUAAUGAGGGUGAAGAUGAAGCUAUGUUUGUUGAGUACAGAAAGCAGCUGAAAUUGUUGUUGGACCGUCUUGCACAAGUGUCACCAGAACUUCUGUUGGCCUCUGUUCGCAGAGUUUUCAAUAGUACACUACAAAACUGGCAGACUGCCCCAUUUAUGGAAGUAGAGGUUGCUAUUCGGUUGCUGUACAUGUUGGGUGAAGCUAUCCCUGCAUCCCAUGGAGCUCAUUUCUGUGGAGACGCUACUAAAGCAAGUGCAUUGCAGGACAUGAUGAGAACUCUUGUUACCUCGGGUGUGAGUGCCUACCGUCACGCAUCUGUUACAUUAGAAUUUUUUGAAACUGUGGUUAGAUAUGAAAAGUUUUUCACGGUUGAACCUAUACACAUUCCUAACAUUUUGAUGGCAUUUCUGGAUCAUAGAGGCUUACGCCAUUCUAGUCCUAAAGUUCGCAGUAGAACAUCUUACCUUUUUUCACGUUUUGUGAAAUCACUUCAUAAGCACAUGAAUACAUUUGUUGAAGACAUUCUGACUAGGAUUCAAGAUCUUCUAGAACUGUCUCCACCUGAAAAUGGUUAUCAGACUUUGCUGAGCAGCGAUGAUCAGCUCUUCAUAUAUGAAACUGCAGGUGUUCUUAUAGUAAACAGUGACUAUCCAGCUGACCGGAAAAGCAUUCUGAUGAGAAAUCUGUUGAAUCUGUUAAUGGAAAAGUUCAAAAUUUUGCUGGGAAAAUUGAUGGUCGAGCAAGAUGAAGAGAGACAGACUGUUCUAGCAGAUUGCCUUAAUCAUGCUGUUGGGUUUGCCAGCCGUACAAGUAAAGCCUUUAGUAAUAAACAGACCGUGAAGCAAUGUGGCUGUUCUGGGGUUUAUUUGGACUGUUUGCAGAGCUUCCUGCCUGCACUAAGUUGUCCUGUUCAAAAGGAAAUUCUCAGAGGUGGCGUCCGCACUUUUCUUCAUCGUAUGAUCAUCUGUUUGGAGGAGGAAGUGCUACCUUUUAUCCCUACUGCUUCAGAACACAUGUUGAAAGACUGUGAAGCAAAGGACUUGCAAGAAUUCAUUCCCCUUAUCAACCAAAUUACUGCCAAAUUCAAGACCCAAGUGUCACCUUUCCUACAGCAGGUCUUCAUGCCACUUCUUCAUGCCAUAUUUGAGGUGUUGUCCCGCCCUUCAGAAGAAAAUGACCAGUCUGCUGCUCUAGAUAAGCAAAUGUUACGAAGAAGCUAUUUCGCCUUUCUCCAAACAGUUACUGGAAGUGGAAUGAAUGAGGUCAUUGCCAAUCAGGAUGCUGAGAAUGUGGAGCGUGUAUUAUUCACAGUCAUUCAAGGAGCAGUAGAUUAUCCCGAUCCCAUUGCUCAAAAAACCUGCUUCAUCAUACUCUCCAAAUUUGUAGAACUAUGGGGUGGCAAAGAUGGAUUGGUUGGCUUUGCAGAUUUUGUCUACAAACAUAUUUUGCCUGCAUGCUUUUUAGCUCCACUGAAACCAAGUUUUGACCUUGCGGAUGCCCAAACCAUAUUGGCUUUGUCGGAGUGUGCAGUGACAAUAAAAACCAUAUAUCUAAAAAGGGGACCGGAAUGCAUUCAGUAUCUACAGCAAGAGUAUCUACCGUCUUUACAGGUGGCACCAGAAAUCAUCCAGGAGUUUUGUCAAGCUCUUCAGCAACCAGAUGCAAAAGUAUUUAAGAAUUACUUAAAGGUCUUCUUUCAAAGGGCCAAGCCCUGAGGAAUAUACUGGAAUUUUCAUGCACCUGAUACUCAGGACCUCCAGUUAAUAAUUUAUGUAGAUUGCUAAUUUUGUACAUGCCUUUGAACUGGCAUUCUAUAUGGAUGUCACAUAUUGUCAUUCAAAACCAAAUUCAUCAUCUUGUAAUGAGCUGUAGACCAAUCCUACUGGUUACGUGCUACUUGUAGAAAAUGUCCCCAGUGACAAGGCGCUGACUGGGUCGUCUUCAUUUUCUGCCAUUUAACAAGCUUAUGUGUUAUGUGCACCAAUUAAAUUUAAUAUAUUCAAUUGGAUUUUUAUUUUGGAAUUUAAAAACAGAACUGUAAAAAUCAAUUGCCAUUCAGGAGGCUCUGUAUAUACUUUUUUUAUUUUAAUGAAUUGUAGCUGUUAAUAUUAUAACUUUGAAUCUCCUGAUGCUUUGCAAUAUAAAUAAAAGAAAACAUACAGUGAAUUUUGUAGAUAAUCAUGAAAAUUUGUUAGAACUGUAUCAGUCCUUUUCUUUAAAAUGUCAACUUCUGCACGGACACAAUCCAGAAAUCACUUUUAUAGCUACAUGAACUGAACUUGAAGCCAAUUUAAAGCUGGAAUUCUAGCAUAAGCAGUAUUUUUCAGACACAGAGGAUAAAACACAUUGCUGCUUGUGAUGUCUGAAUUUAAACAUGAGAGCUCAUUCUACAAAAUUUUUAUAAAAGAAAAAAACAAUAAAUUUUAUGUAGUCAAAAUGGAAAA